AGAAGGUCAGAUACUGUUUAAAAGCGUUCAGAGUAAUUUAUCUCUGCUCGAACAAAUGUACCUAUAGCUAUAACAUCUCGACGAUUUUAUGUGGUUUUGGCUGCUUUCCAAACAUUACCGAGAAAGACCCAGGAGCAAAGUGGUGGGGGCAGAGAGACUCGAGCGAAUUCCACAGAGUUUAGGGGAGAAACUCUUCCAAUCGGAGAAAAUGUUGGCUCCUGCGGUCUGUGCAAAUGCUUCCCAAAUGUGCAGAUGCACUGCAGCCAAGCUCUGAUAGCGGACAGAUGUUCCCGAUUUUCCAGAAGAUGUUCUGCACUUUCCAGUAAACCUAAGUGACAGCCUGGACACAUGAACAGCGACAUAUAGCCAGGACGUGGAGCCAGGAAACACAUCGGACCUUUCACGGAAAACCUGGGGGACUCGGCAUCACGGAGGCGGCCCCUGUGGAGAUUGUGGUCAUACUUCCAAUUUCCCUAAGUGAAGUCGGAGGUGUCUCUCUUCUUCAUCCCCUGCUCUAGGCUAUCUGCUGCUGCUACAGAGGGGCAACCUGAUCUAGAGACUCCUGGAUUGCUCGAGAGCAGCCUUUUAUAUUUCAGGGAUUUCAUGAUCUCUCAGAUAUUAACAUUUUUACACACCGAGUGUGUUAUUUCCUCUCUUGUCCUUUUGGGGAUAUAUACAGUGAUUUUUCUUCUGUUAGUACUUUAAAGUGCCUUAAUAACUGGUUAUAAUCCAGUGUAACUGUGGCAUUGUUACCAGAUAAGAGACGCUCAACAGGGAGAAGACAAUUACUAUCAGCUUUAGAGCCCAGGCAGGAUUAUUGGUCCCCCACUCUCCAGCGAACUGCAACCAUGAGUCAGGCGGAUGUGUCGACUUGCUCCGCGCCGCAGAAGGUUUUCCAGGAGGCGGUGAAGAAGGGUAACACCAAGGAGCUGCACUCGUUGCUGCAAAAUAUGACAAACUGCGAGUUCAACGUUAACUCCUUCGGGCCAGAAGGACAGACGGCCCUUCACCAGUCCGUCAUUGACGGGAACCUGGAGCUGGUAAAACUGCUGGUGAAGUUUGGUGCAGAUAUCCGACUGGCCAACAGGGAAGGGUGGAGCGCUUUACACAUCGCCGCCUUCGGGGGCCACCAAGACAUAGUUCUAUACCUCAUCACCAAGGCCAAGUACUCCUCUGGCGCCCGGUGAUCUGUCUCUGCUGUCAGGUAAAAUAAGAAAAAAAAAUAGCAAAACAACAGCAACAAAUGGAAAAUAAAACUGCAACACACGAUAAAGCCAGGCUCUUGUAAAAGCAACAAAACUGCCAUUAUCUACAUAGGCCUAGUUGUGCCAAAUUGUAUAAAAAGGAAAUACAUAAUAGGCCUGCAGGAUAAUCUUCCCCCACUGCAAACCAAACGGGGCCCUAUCUGCACUCCUGAGUGAAGCACCACAUGGUUCAUACACAGCGCUUCAACGCGAGUCUUUAACAAAAGAAACGCCAUUUCGGUGAGUUUGUUGGUACUAAAGCUUUCCUCUUGAAUGUGUAGGCCCAUACUAGAUCGUGUCGUCCACUAUAAAAGAAGCCAGUCACUACUGUGUAUUACACGUGUGUGUAUGGACUCCAGAGUGCAGAUGGACCAGUUUUUCCCUAUCCCAUCCUUAGUACAGCUGAAUAGUGUUUUUGUGGGGGGCUCAGAUUUGACCUGUUGCUCUUCACUGUUCACUUAUAAACCCCCUUUAAGUUAUUUUCUAUGAAACAUGGCACUUGAUGCUAUAUGGCUGCAUGCUGGAAUAUCUGAAAGGGAAGACACAUGAACAAGAGAAGAAUGGUUGCCCUCUGUUGGCAGCCAGAGGUCUAUUUUCUUUAAUAAAUAUAUUCAUUGAAUGAUUUUGUUUUUACUCAAAGAGCGGCAUUAUGGCUAUCCAACAUGCUUUUCAAAUGUGUAAUCAUUAUGUAACAACAAUUGACUUCAUCAUUGUUGUGAAGUACUGUACACAAUAGCUUUACUUUGAUUUUUUUUUUAUUUUAAAGAAGAGACAGUAGCUGGAUGCGCUCUGCGUACUGCAAGCAGAUCUUGCCAUGCUGGUGUCCAACUUUUCAGGCCAGUGCGACCACUUUGCUAAUGGUCACUGUGUUAAUAAAAACCGCUGCUUUCGCUUUGUAUCAAAAAAGUCGCAUUUGGAAUUCACUUUAUAAUCUCCUUUCAGUAUUUUAUUAACAUCCUAGUCAUCACUGUGAAAGCAGGCUGGGCUUAUUUUUUUAAUUUAUGAAGGUACAUUGAGAAGAUGCAUUUUGAAUAUGUCGUGGUUCUUCAAAAAAAAAAAAAACAAAAAAAAACUGUAAGUGUAAGAAUAUCUAGGGUGACUCAAGCUGCUUCAGACUCGUAGUAUAAACUGUCCCGUGUGGAGGUAGACGUCCCCCAGAAUACCAGAAACCCCCUCUGUUAAAGCUGGUUGACCCUUAAGAGGACUUUUCUCCUUCUUAUUCAAAUGAUUUUGUUUGGUUGCCUUUUGCCAGCUACCUCGACUGUAAAGUAUUCUCAAGUUGUUCAGCUUUGUUUGGAGUCUGAAGAGUUUCACAGUUUGUGAUCAUCCGCAUGCCAGUAUGUUUUAUUAACUUACAGAAGAUGCAAUGCACCCAUUUCUGCACCCUCAGUCGGGACAGUUUAUUUUACACUACAACCAAACCAAUUAUGACAAGCUAAGCAUCAUUUUGCCUACCUGCAAGGGAGUCUGUGGUUCUCUCUCUCUCUCUCGCACACACACGUUUCCCUAUAACCCUUUGAUCCAUCUCUCUCUCUCUCUCUUCAACGGCCUGUGUGGUCGUUUCUGCUUUCUAAUUUUUUUAGUCAUACAAAAAUGGAAUUGUAUCGCAUGACUUAAUAAAGGCAGGGAGUUUUAUUGCACAAAAAUGCGGAGCCUUGUGCGCCCCCAGUGUUUGUAUGGGGUAACUGCAGGAGCCAAGGCUUUGGAAUAGUUACUACUACUGAGCAGAACCCUAAUACUGUUGGAUGAUGAAGAAAAUACAACACAUGACUAUUGCAGGAUGUCAUUUAAAAAAAGAAGAACAAAUAAUAAUUUGGUUCCAUAAACUUGCCUGCUGCAUUUUGAAAGUCAUGGCACCCUGACAUUUGUAUCAAUGCUGCUUUUAUGUUUUGUUUAGUUUUUUUUUAAUGUUUUUUAAAGCCUACUGCUCAUCGACCAAGAAGCUUCACAAUAGCACUGGUUCUACUCAUGAGAAAUUGUUGAACUUUUUGUGUGUGUGUGUGUGUGUGUGUGUGUUUGUAUGUGUGAUUGUGUGCUUCUCAUGAGGCCCCCGUGUUGAAUAGUCAUCCAGACUGAGAACUUUCCAUUUUAGACCUGGAACCACCACAAGUAAUUGAAGCGAUAGAUCCACUGCAUCAAGGUAUAGAUUGAUAUCAGGCAACAAAUGAAAUAUGCAUCGCUUGUCUUAAACUUGAUCUGUUUUUUCUCUUUUUUGUGUUUGAAUAUUGCACUGAUGACUGUUGUUGAAAAGUUGGCUUUUAUGUGUCAACAUUUAAAUUUUUUCUGAAUGGAAAAAACAAACACAACAAAAUACUAUUGUAUAAAUAUAUGCUCCAGGUGAUUAUGUCCUAAUGUGUGUGUUACUUUGUGGAAAAAAACAUGAUGUUUUUUUUUAACAAAGAUGCGUGUAUCUCUGUGAUUGGGUGUAUAUAUACAUAUGGAUAUAUAUAUAUUGAUGCUGAUGAUGAUGAUACCUUGGGGCACUUACUUUUCUGAAGUGCUGUCCUCCUGUUUUUUGAUUUUUUUUUUUUGAAAGGGGAGUAAUACAUUUGAUGGUAAGAUCAUUGUAACAUGGUUAAAAAUUGCACGGUUGUGUGGUUGUUCAACUUACCAGCGUCAUAACAUUUAUGACGUAAGGAGCCAGCCGCUGGAUUGGUGCACACAAGUGAGGAUUGUUUCUAAAAAAAAAUAGAAAAAAGUGCUGACUUCUUUGGACCAAGUUGUGUUUGAGGUCUUGCUUCAUUUCAAACAAGGGGAACCAGCUGAAUUUUCAUGAGUGAUGCUGUUCCACCAUGUUUGAUUUUUGAUGUCUUUGUUUCUUUUGUUUUUGAAUGUUUGUAACACUGUGAUGAUGACAUAAUGUCAUGUGGAGAU